CACACGCCAGCGCUCCGUGUGGCCUUGCGUCCUUCAGUCCUCAGGACGGCAGCGAGCUCUCUGUCACCACCAGUUACAGACGAGGAAACGGAGGCAGCGAGCGGGAUGGACCCCUUCGAGGACACGCUGCGGCGGCUGCGGGAAUCCUUCCGCGCGGGGCGGACGCGGCCGGCGGAGUUCCGGGCGGCCCAGCUCAAGGGCCUGGGCCGCUUCCUGCAGGAGAACAAGCAGCUUCUGCAGGAGGCGCUGGCGCAGGACCUGCGCAAGGGGGUCUUCGAGGCGGAGGUGUCCGAGUUCAGCAUCAGCCAGGGGGAGAUUAACUUGGCGCUCAGGAACCUGAAGGCCUGGAUGAAGGACGAGAAAGCAACCAAGAACCUGGCCACGCAGCUGGACUCCGCCUUCAUCCGCAAGGAGCCCUACGGCCUGGUGCUCAUCAUCGCCCCCUGGAACUACCCCGUGAACCUGAUCCUGGUGCCCCUGGUGGGCGCCCUCGCCGCAGGGAACUGCGUGGUGCUGAAGCCAUCGGAAAUCAGCCAGAGCACAGAGAAGGUCCUGGCUGAGGUCCUGCCCCAGUACCUGGACCAGAGCUGCUUUGCCGUGCUGCUGGGCGGGCCUGAGGAGACGGGGCAGCUGCUGGAGCACAAGUUCGACUACAUCUUCUUCACGGGGAGCCCCCGGGUGGGCAAGAUCGUCAUGGCCGCGGCCGCCAAGCACCUGACGCCCGUCACGCUGGAGCUGGGGGGCAAGAACCCCUGCUACGUGGACGACGACUGCGACCCCCAGACCGUGGCCAACCGUGUGGCCUUCUUCCGCUACUUCAACGCCGGCCAGACCUGCGUGGCCCCCGACUACGUGCUCUGCAGCCCCGAAAUGCAGGAGCGGCUGGUGCCCGCCCUGCAGAGCGCCAUCACCCGCUUCUACGGCGAGGACCCCCGGGUCCCGGACCUGGGCCGCAUCAUCAGCGACAAGCAUUUCCAGCGGCUCCAGGGCCUGCUGGGCUGUGGCCGUGUGGCCAUCGGGGGCCAGAGUGACGGGAGUGACCGCUACAUCGCCCCCACGGUGCUGGUGGACGUGCAGGAGACGGAGCCGGUGAUGCAGGAGGAGAUCUUCGGGCCCAUCCUGCCCAUCGUGAGCGUGAGGAGCCUGGACGAGGCCAUCGACUUCAUGAACCGCCGGGAGAAGCCCCUGGCCCUGUACGCCUUCUCCAACAGCCGCCAGGUGGUCCAGCAGGUGCUGCACCGGACCAGCAGCGGGGGCUUCUGCGGGAACGACGGCUUCAUGCACCUGACCCUCGCCAGCCUGCCGUUCGGAGGAGUGGGUGCCAGCGGCAUGGGCAGCUACCACGGCAAGUUCUCCUUCGACACCUUCUCCCACCACCGCGCCUGCCUGCUGCGCCGCCCUGGGAUGGAGAAGAUUUACUCCAUCCGCUACCCGCCCUACUCGCUGCGCAACCUGAGGGUGCUGCUGAUGGCCAUGGAGACCCGCAGCUGCACCCUGCUCUGAGCCCGCCUUGGGCAUCGGGCACCAAGGGUCCCUCCUGGCUCAUGUCCAAGUCCUACGCUGUCACCUGUGGCUGGUGGAGGCGCGACCUAGGGUCCGGGGCACAAGGAGGAAAGACCUGCCAAGGCCACAACCCAGCCCAGCGCUUGCCCUUCUCCUUCUCAGGGCGUCCCUCUUCCGGCCCUCGGCUGCCCCCUAACUAGGAGGGGCUAAGGUGAGGGAGUGUGCGAAACCUCCGAGAGCCACCUGUCCCAGGCAGACGAGCCACCUGUCCCGGGCAGAUGGGGGCACCCCUGAGCCACCCCCUUCCUGUGGAAAGGGCAGCAGGCCGCAUCGUGGACCUGCUGUGACCCAGGCUGUCCCUGUCCUGAGCUGCUCCCCGUCUCCACAGUGGAGAUGACUAACGCCUGUGUCUCUGAGAUGGUUGUGAGAUUACAUUUAGGAGCUUAAUAAACGCGAGUCGCCACCCCAGGCUCCAGACACUCUGUCUCCUCACUUGAGCGGGGUGAGGCUGCUUCCCUCCCCUCCCCCCACCUCUCCCCGCGGGUCAGGCUGAGACGCCUGCAGCAGGAUCUCCUUCCCUCCAGCUCAGGCUCCUUGGGAGCUCUGGACACACUCCUGUCCCCCAGGUGGCCAGCCCCGGGCACUUCACCCACACCGGACUCGUCCUAUUCCCUGCCCCGCUCACCCUCUGGGGCGCUGACGCCAUGGAACGGUCCCCACUACACUCAGCCACAAAGCCCUACUCACCAGCCUCCUGCUCAGCGCCCUAGUGUCAUCUCCCUCGUGUCACCUCUCAGUAAUCCUGAUGAUCCCAUGGUACCACACAACUCCCCUGACCCGCACACUAACCCCUCCGUUCAGGGCCAUCCAUAACUCACCCCGUCCCCCUCGGGAAGUUCUGCCACGGCCCUGUGCCCACGCGCUCGGCUUGUCCUCCUCUUCUAAAUGCAUGGGACGUGUCCUUUUCGGGAGGGUCUCUGCCAUUCUUGUCCUGCUCAACUCCUACCGGCAUUCUGCCUCAACAUCACCUCCUCCAAAGCCUUCCCUGACCACCUCCCGCGCCAGCCCCCUGCCCCACCGCGCGCGCGAGCACACACACACGUGCAGGAGGCCUGCAGAGACUUCUCUGUGUCUGCAGCCUCCCGUGUCCCUCUGCCACACAGUUCACCGAGAGGAUCACAGACUUGGUGGCUGGCGAGGGCCGGGACUCCCGAGUUAUCAAGACCCAGGUGCGGCUCCGGAAGCAGCGCUUCGCAGCUCCGCGGCUUAGGCCAAGUUAACUAAACAAGGCUGCGUCGCGGCUUCCCCACCAGUAAAGCGAGAAUAAUCUGUCCUCCACGCAGGGCUGCUGUAAGGAUUAAAUAAAGCCGCCUGCGUGACGGCUUAGCGGAUUAGCGUGGAGUAGGAACGGCUCCGGCACUGCCUAACUGCACG